AUGGCUGGCGUCAACUCAAAAACGAAACGAAAAGAUUGGAAUGCAGAGAACAUGGCGCAAGCUAUUACAUUAGUAAGAGAGAAACAAAUGGGUUACUUAAGAGCUGCAAAACACUUUGGUGUGCCGAGAACUACCUUGUUUCGAUUAUGCCAGAAAAACGAAUCACCGCCAGAAGAAGCCGCAGCUACUACACUUGGGAGGAAAACCGUUUUAGGGACAACCGUUGAAAAUCUUUUGGUUGACUACAUUUUGACGAUGGAGAGCAAAUUCUACGGCUUGACGAGAAGCGAUGUUCGAAGAAUGGCGUACAUGUUGGCAAAACGUAAUCAGUUGAAAAAUCCAUUUGGUGACACGGGAUUGGCUGGAAAGAAAUGGCUUAAGCUAUUUCUUAAGCGCCAUAAGGACAAACUAUCAGUGAGAAGACCAACUGACAUUGUGUCCUUACCUCCUCACACAACCCACAAGCUCCAGCCACUAGAUAAGACGUUUAUGGGACCUCUCAAAACGUAUUACAGUGAAGAAAUACGAAUGUGGAUCAGAGACAAUAAUAGACCACUAAGCCCUUAUGAUAUGACGGAGCUGUUUGGUAGGGCUUAUUUAAAAGUACAAACGGGUGAGAUAGCAGCCAACGGAUUUCGGGUUACAGAACUAUGGCCAUUGAAUAAAAAUAUUUUUACCGCGGUCGACUAUCUUGCUGCGCAAGAAGAUGCAGUUAAAGAUGGUUGCACAGUAGAUGUUACACCAAUGACAUUAAGUCUCCAACCUUUAGAAGAAUCGAUGGUCAAUCUUAGAACACCUGCUGAUGGUAAGCCUUUAACUGAAGCUUCUACAUCCAGACAAGAUACAAAUAUUGAACCUGUGCCCUCAACUUCCGGAAUUUCUCACAGUAGUUUAGGAUUCGUUUCUCCAUAUGACAUCAGUCCAGUACCAAACAAGAAAAGGAAACCCUCUAAUAGAGGAAGAAAAGCAUCUGUUGCAGCAGUCAUCACACCGUCACGUUACAGGGAGGAUCUCAUAGAAAAAAAUGAUGAGGAGAUGAUGCUGUUAGAUACAGAGAGUGAGACCGAUGCCUUGAUAGGAAAUACAGCUCCAGACUCUGAAGAUGCGGAGUGUAUUUUCUGUGGCAUGCUGUUUUCAAAUGAUACCCAUGGGGAAACAUGGGUCAAGUGCCUCAUGUGUGGGCUCUGGGCACAUAAUGAUUGCGCAGGACCAGAGUCUGAUGCCUGGAUUUGUGAGUUUUGCAAACAAUUUGUGUUCCUUUUUAUGUUAUACCAACGUACGUUUCCAAAGAACCUCAUUUAA